AUGAUGCUGGAGCAGAAGUCCCGUGCCCAGUUUCUCGACCUCCUAAAGAAGGAAGGGUUUACCGAAAUCCGCGAUUACGCCCAGGACUGCCGGCGCAAGGAGUGGCUCGUCGACCACAUGGACAAGCAGUCGUUUGACGAGUACAUCGAGUGGACCCACCACUGGGAACAGUCACGGCGACCGGCGUGGGCGUCGUCGUCGACAUAG